UUUUUUUUUUUUCAAAAUUCUGUUUCCACUGACACGAUACACAAACGAUCUUUGUACAACAUAACCUCAACAAGAGAAUUCGAAUUCGUAUUUCCGCGCCAUGGCGGCACUCCUGCAUUUAUUCCCUCGCGCCCUUUUAAACUUACGAAUUUUGUAAGAAAACAAAUAAAAAUCGUAUCGAUAAAUUUCAUUAGAUCCGUAAUGUAUUUUGCGCGGUGAAUCAAUGCGAUGAUUACGUCUGUAUAAAAUUCCUGAGAGGUAUUACGUACAAAGUUCUUCAAAUGAUUCAUCAACCAAGUAGAUGGACAUUUAAGUUACUGGAUUUAAAAUUGAGCCCAAAUUAUAGAAAUUAACGUUUUACGUACAAAUAUUUGUCUUCGAAGAUCGAUAAGCUGUAUUAUACAAAGACUGUUUGUUUUUGUUAAAUAAAGAAAUUUAAAUACGCUGGUGAAGACGAAACGAUCACGCUCUCUGGUGAUGAGCAUAGAAAUUAAUCGAGUCAACUCGAAGUACGUAACAGCAAUGGUACAUAACAAGAUUAAAUAGAUUGAAUCGCAUGCAAUAUGGUUGUUUGUAAAUAUUAUCGACAAGGAAAUUGUCGAUUUGGACAGUAUUGUCAAUUCGAACAUAUAAAUACUUUUGGGUGUUGGUCGCGAAAGAGAUGCUCAAUGCAGAAAGAGGGGGACAAUGGUUACUGUCGUGUUUUGCACCACUUAAAGACAAACCGUGCAUUCCUGGCAUGGAAGACUUGUCGCCAGAAGAAGUCCGAUGGGAGAUGUAUCAAGCUCAAAAUAAUGGGAUGGUAGAGCAGACAAAAGAGCUUCUAGGAACAGGACACAAGAAUACCAGAAAUGAUAAUGCGUCUGGGAAACCUUCCAGCUUUGCUUUUGCAACCCCACAACUCGGACUUCCAAGCAGCACUUCAUCCUCCAAUGUAUUUGGAAACAAGACAUUUGGAAAUCAAAGUAAUCCGUUCAGCAGUAGUUUCACCUUCAUCCCCAGUAACACAUCGAUUUUUGGCAGAUCAACUACAACUUCGAAUCCUAUAUUUGGUAGUACCCCAACUUUUGGCAGUAAUUUAGGAGUGUUUGGUGGUGGUACCAACACUAAUACUGUAUUUGGUGGGAUUACAAACACUUCUACAUUUAAUACAGGACAAAACACGCAGGCUUUCGGAUCAUCCGGCUCGAUUUUCAGUGGCGGAACGUCCCAGCCCGUUUUCGGGCAGCCUAGUAUAUUUGGAACCAACACUCAAGUGAACAAUGUUUUCGCCAGGCAUCAAACGCCCCAAACGCCGAUUUCAGUAUUCAAUAGCGGAGCAACAUCAUCUUCCUCUUUAUUCAGUGGCACUUCGUCUCAAUCUAACGCUUCUAUGUUUGCCGGAGCUAAAACUUCGACUGCUAAUCCAUUUAGCGGCUCCUCCAAUUUACAGACAACCAACUCCAUCUUUGGAUCCACUCCACAGCCUGAAACACCCGCGUUUGGAGGAGCACCAGUGUUUGGCAGUUCAUCGACAUUUGGGAACAAUUCUAGCUCAAUAUUUGGCGAGAAACCGACAUUUGGAAAUUCUAGCAGUAUCUUUGGUGGAUCUAAUACCACGACACCUGCCUUUAGUUCCGCACAAUCUACAAACGCUUUCGGCGUUACCACCUCUACACCUUCCGGAAGUAUAUUCGGGAACGCUCAAAGUAACGCGCCCCCUAUGCCGACCUCCAGUGCUUCGCCAUUUGGUGUAACAUCUUCGAUGACUACAAGUCCUUUUGCUACCGCUGUUUCGCAAUUCGAAGCCACCAGUACAGCAGCCUUCUCUACGUUCGGGAUGAACACGGGGACUGCUACCACAGCUAGUUCCUCUAGCACACCGUUUGGUACUACAAAUACCGGGGUUACUUUUGGAACACCUAGUACCAGCAGUUCCCCUUUCACAUCGACGGUAUUCAGCGAUAUGAAAAACUCACCGUUUGGUCCUACGAGCGUUACAUCCACAACUACGACCACGAAUUCGUUUACACCGCAGGAACAACAGCAACAAAAAAUUACGUCGCCGUUUGGUACUUUUGUUCAGAAUCAAACUUUUAACACUGCUGCUGAGAACGGUCCGUUUGGAAAGUCGACAUUCGGAGUAAUGAUGACAACAACUAUUAUCGGCGAUGAUGUUUACUCGUUGGAGAAUCAAUUAACAGACGAUGAAAAAAGCAUGUACAUGGCGGAGAAAUUUACUUUUGGAAAGGUUCCGUUAAAGCCGCCUACCAAAGAAGUUAGUUAAUACAACGAGAAACUGAUUUAACAGGAAAUAUGUGCUGUGAUACUCGUUUCCUAUGCUGUUCACGUACAAUUAAGACAAAUCUUGCAAGAUUAUAGUAAUAAAUAAUAUAUAUUUACCAACAGUGUAUCAAUUUUUUUGUAUAAAAUUCGACGAAAUAUUCUAUGAAACUAAUUGCGAAAUAAACUGACGUUUUCAAAUUGUAACAAAAUAUACAAUAAAGCAUAGAAUUUGCGUUGUUACAAUUUUUACAAACUUAUUUUUAAUGUCAUUCAUCGCUCACCUUAUAUUGUAAUACAAAAUCAAACAUAUAAAUAUAUAUCAAUCUCUUUUUAAUUUAAUCAAUUACACAAUUACCUAUUUACAUAUGUACAAUCAUCAAAUGGAUAAUGAGCCGUUUUUCAUACUUACAUCAUCCAUGUAUUGUUGUAAUGAUGAUGUAAGUAUGAUGCGUUAAACUACAUUCGUACUUACAUUAUCAUACAUUCUUGUAAUGAAUCACUCCA